CUCUCCACUGACAGAUUCCCACUUCUCCUCCUCUUCCGUCUCUCCACCCCUCAGCACCACAGAGGCAAGCUUUGGAUCAGCUUACACACAUACACGAAUAGGAGCCAAAGCCUGCAGCUCUCGCUUUAAAAAGUUGUGUUUUUCUCAAGAGAAGUUUCUAGGUUGGAAGUCACAAUGGUAGAAAGCAUGGAUUUGGAGAAGCAGCAGAAGCAUUACUGCAUUCAAGGUAAGCACGUAGUCAUCAUCUGUGUGAUGAUGGCAGUGUGCUCUUUGGCAUUGGGCCUUGGAUUGGGCCUCUCUGGGUCAGACCCAGCACCUACAGUGGGGCCUACACAGCCCCCUCCACCUGGCAGAGGGCCAUGUGCACCUUCCACAGAUUCCAGCGGGGACUGGAGGAAUUUCCGUUUGCCCAGCUAUGUAAAUCCAGUCCAUUAUGACCUGCACCUGGAGCCAGAUCUUAUUGAUGACACCUAUUCCGGCACUGUGGCUAUCAAAGUGAAAGUCGAAAAGCCUACUCGUCAUCUGUGGCUACACAUCAGGGAGACAUUUGUCACCACUAUACCCAGGCUAAAGUUUCUAAACAGUGCAGGCGGGGAGAGGGAAAUAGAAGUGAAAAGCUGUUUUGAAUACAAACCUCAGGAAUAUGUGGUUGUGGAGGCCACAGAGGAUCUGCCUGUCACUGGCUCAGAAGAGUUCUAUAUCCUUAGUCUGGACUUUCAGGGUUGGCUUAAUGGCUCUGUGGUGGGUUUCUACAGAGUUAUCUACAAAGAGAAUGGUAUCACCAAAAAGAUUGCUGCAACUGAUCAUGAGCCAACUGAUGCCCGCAAGACAUUCCCCUGCUUUGAUGAACCAAACAAGAAAGCCACCUACAGUAUCUCCAUCACUCAUGAUAUUAAAUAUCAAGCUCUGUCCAACAUGCCUCCAGAGGGUCCAGCUUUACAUCUAUCUGGUGAUAAAAUGAAAACGUCCUUCCAGAAGUCAGUUCCUAUGAGUACCUAUUUGGUAUGUUUUGCUGUGCACCAGUUUGAGUAUGUGGAAAGACAUUCUUCAAGAGGAAUUCCUUUGAGAAUCUAUGCCCAGCCAAGUCAGCUAGAAACUGCAACAUACGCAGCCGACACAACCAAGGUCAUCUUUGACUAUUUUGAGGAAUACUUCAACAUGACGUACUCCAUCUCAAAAUUGGAUAAGAUAGCCAUUCCUGAUUUUGGUACUGGAGCCAUGGAGAACUGGGGCCUCAUCACUUACCGGGAAACAAACCUGCUGUUUGAUAAGGACCAGUCAUCUUCCUACAACAAGCAGCGUGUGGCUAGUGUCAUUGCCCAUGAACUGGUUCAUCAGUGGUUUGGGAACAUUGUAACCAUGGACUGGUGGGAUGACCUCUGGCUAAAUGAGGGCUUUGCCAGUUUCUUUGAGUACAUCGGUGUGGAGAAAGCUGAACCUACCUGGGGCAUGCGAGACAUUAUGAUCAUCAGUGAUGUGCUUCCUGUUAUGGUAAACGACGCACUCCUUUCCUCUCAUCCAAUCAUUGUGAACGUGUCGACUCCAGCAGAAAUCACCUCUGUGUUUGAUGCCAUCUCGUAUAGCAAGGGAGCAUCCAUUCUCAGAAUGUUGGAGGACUGGAUGGGUAAAGAAUUGUUCCGAGACGGCUGUCGAAAAUACUUGAAUGACUUUUACUUCAAGAAUGCCAAAACAUCAAACUUCUGGGCAUCUCUUGCCAGUGUGAGUGGGUUCCCAGUUGCAGAGGUCAUGGACACAUGGACCAAACAAAUGGGUUAUCCUGUGCUGCAUCUAUCUGUCUCUGAGACAAAUGCUAAACUGAGCCAAAAGCGUUUCCUGCUGGACCCUAAAGCUGAUAUCACCCAGCCUCCUACACCACUUCAGUACAAAUGGACAAUUCCAGUGGAAUGGUACUCAGUGAAAAGAGACAAGCAUAUGAUGGAUUUGUUCAACAGGAGUGAAACAGAGCAUAUCAUCAGUGAGUACUCGCCCUCAGUGGAUGGACUGCUCAAGGUUAACAAUGAUCACAUCGGAUUCUACAGGGUCAACCAUGAUGAACACAUGUGGAAUGUUAUCAGUCAGCAGCUUCAAACCAACCACUCGAAAUUCGAUGCAGCUGAUCGUGCAAGCUUCAUUGAUGAUGGUUUUGCCUUGGCAAGGGCAGACAUUACAGAUUAUGGUAAUGCCUUCAAUCUUACCCAAUACCUGAGAAAUGAAUCUGACUACAUAGUCUGGGAUCGUGUGGCCUCCUCUAUUGCCUAUGUUCGGGACAUGCUAUCUGGAGAUACUGCACUCUACCAAAAGUUUCAGAAAUUGUUUCGUGACCAUGUUAAGGCAAUCUCAACACAACUUGGGUGGAAUGAUGACGGAACACAGACAGAAAGGUUACUAAGGGAGACUGUGCUAAGUAUUGCUUGCCAGAUGGGAGAUCAGGAGGCUCUGAACGAAUCAUCACGCAUUUUUGACCAGUGGAUUGAUAAAAAUCACAGCGUACCACCAAACCUGAGACUACUAGUAUAUCGAUAUGGCAUGAAGAACUCAGGCACUGAAAAAAAGUGGACAACAAUGUUCGAGAGGUACAAAAAUACUUCUCUGGCUCAGGAGAAGGACAAGCUGCUGUAUGGACUGGCAUCUGUGGAGAAUGUAAACCUCCUUAAUAGGCUCCUAGAGGCUACCAAAAACGAGAGUGUAUUCAGGAGUCAGGAUUUGUUCACCGUGGUGCGAUAUGUGUCCUACAACACUCUGGGUAAAAGUAUGGCUUGGGACUGGACUACACACAAUUGGGACUACCUUGUCAACAGGUACACUAUCAAUGACAGGAACCUUGGUCGCCUAUUGAAUCAAAUAUCCACCACUUAUAACACAGAUCUCCAGUUAUGGAAGAUGGAGCAUUUCUUCAGUUUGACACCAAAUGCUGGUGCCGGGGAGAUGCCAAGGAAGCAGGCACUGGAGACAGUCAGUAACAACAUCGAAUGGGUCAGGAGGAAUAAGGAUGAGAUUAGAAAGUGGUUGGAGGACCACAUUCCUGAAAGCCCCUCCAAUUAAGAAAACAGGUUUACAAAUACUGUACCUGUAAGGCAAGAGCAGAAUCACUCCCCUGUAGUAAUCAAAAUUUUCCCAUUCAUUACACACAGGAUGAGUUUCUUUUCUUGGAAGAGAACAAUAAUCACUAAUAGGUAGUGGUAGAUUAUCUUUUACUAAUCACAAAUAUAUUUGCACUACUAGUUUAUUUUUAUUACACGUUCCUCAAUACAACUGGGUUUUUGGGGGCGACAAUAGGCGACAAAUGCAAAAACAUUUUAUAAGCAUCAAAAAUUAUAUCUGAGAUGAUCUUUUAUCACGGAGCACUUGAUCUUGAAUUACUUAUAUUGCUAUGUUGUACUUACUAAUCUCAAAAUCUUUCAGUGCACAAUAUUGAUGCCCAACUCAAGGGUUGCAACAAUUUGUUUUGUCUAAAUUAAAAACGAAUGUGAACUUGUUGGAGAUGAAGAGUGGAAUGAAUAAAUAUUUAAUUAAAUUA